CUUGACACGGGAACCCGGUGUUGCAUCGAUAACGAUAGUUUUUUUUUUUAGGAAUUGCAAACCAUGCGGUAUUUUUUUUAUUUAUUAUUAUGGAAUAGUUACGUGCCACUGUUUGUAAUGUAGCUGCAACAUUCGCUUCCCAUUAGCAUUAGCAGCUAUCUGCGGCUAGGCUAACGUUAGCUCGCCGUAUCGCAUGUCCAACUUUGUUUAACCGCGCGCACAAAAGUCUUGCUAAGUUUCAAAACGUCGUAUUUAAUUUUGGGACGCCAUACCGGUUCUAAGAAUGCUGCCUACUGGAGCGGCUGUGACAAACGUCACAGCUUUGGCUCAGGUAGACCGAGAGAAGAUUUAUCAAUGGAUCAAUGAGUUGUCCAGCCCCGAGACCAGAGAGAAUGCCUUGCUUGAGCUCAGCAAAAAACGUGAAUCCGUGCCGGACCUGGCACCCAUGCUGUGGCACUCCUGUGGCACCAUUGCUGCCCUCCUGCAGGAAAUCGUGAACAUCUAUCCUUCUAUAAACCCACCAACACUUACAGCUCACCAGUCCAACAGGGUGUGCAACGCCUUGGCACUUCUGCAGUGUGUUGCGUCACAUCCUGAAACAAGGUCGGCCUUUCUUGCAGCUCACAUUCCACUUUUCCUUUAUCCUUUUCUCCACACUGUGAGCAAAACACGCCCAUUUGAGUACCUGCGACUUACAAGCCUGGGAGUCAUAGGUGCAUUGGUUAAAACCGAUGAGCAAGAAGUGAUCAACUUCCUCCUCACUACUGAAAUCAUCCCACUGUGUCUUCGUAUUAUGGAGUCAGGGAGUGAACUCUCCAAAACGGUUGCUACUUUCAUAUUGCAGAAGAUCUUGCUGGAUGACACCGGGCUGGCCUACAUCUGUCAGACAUACGAGCGCUUCUCUCACGUCGCCAUGAUCCUUGGGAAAAUGGUACUGCAGUUGUCUAAAGAGCCAUCGGCACGUCUGCUGAAGCAUGUUGUCCGAUGCUACCUUCGCCUCUCAGAUAAUCUCAGAGCCAGAGAAGCCCUGCGACAGUGCCUGCCAGACCAGCUGAAGGACAGCACCUUUGCCCAGGUGCUGAAAGAUGACACCACCACCAAGCGCUGGCUGGCACAGUUGGUGAAGAACCUGCAGGAAGGCCAGGCCACCGAUGCCCGGGGCAUCCCGCUGGCCCCGCAGUGAUUUACACUGGCCUAGACUGGUUUGUGAGUUACCGAAAGUGGUGCUAAGACUGUGAAGUGAGUGACAGAUUUGCUUUUGUGCAGGUUCUGUCAUCUUUAUUGCAGUUGCUACCCCCUUCAAUAUUUUCAGAACGAUUGUCCUUAUUCACAAUUUUUAAAGCCAACACCAGUAGAAAGAUUUACAUCAACCCAUAAUUAUUGUGUGACAUUUUGUGUAGGUUCCAGUACCGCCUUUGGAUAAUAAAGAUGUAUUGAACACAU